AUAGGCGGCAGCAGCAGCAGCAGCCGAAGCAGCAGAGCAGAGCGGAAGAAGCGAUUGCCGAUGAGGUAAUGCAUGAGGAAUUGUUUUUGUUUUUGCGAGGGUGGACGAAACGAUGGUGGUGGGGAGGCAUGGAGGGAGGGAGGGAGGUGGGGGAGAGGACGGAGGCGUGAGUAGCUGCAGCAGCAGCAGCGGCAGUACGUAUUGACUCUUGCGUUCGGUUUCGCGUCUUCCAGUGGCAAAGCAAAGCAAAGCAAAGCAAGGCAGGAGGGCACGCCCGCGCAGAGAGAGACGAGGGAGGUGGGGAGGAAGAGAGAGAGAGAGUCAGUCGGUCAGUCAGUCGAGCGAAGCAGCGAGGCGCUGAGACGAGAAGGAUAGUAGAGAGGCGAUCACAUCGCUGCCGAAUCGUCGAGUGUAGAGGGAGAGGGAGAGAUUGAGAUUGAGAGGGCGAGAGUGUGUGAUGGAUGGGGGAGAGGGAUAGUUGUAGCGAAGAGAAAGAGAUGAAGAAAGGAUGGGAGGGUGAAAAAGAGAACAUGACGGAGCCCUCGCUUGUCCUCGUCUAUGUCGUGAUUGAUUGAUUGAUUGAUUGAUAAUCAGUUCGGAGGACGAGAGGGAAGCGAGACGGGGUCCGUCUGCUGGGUGGGUGGGUGCGAGGAGGGACGGACUAAGAAAUGAUGGCGGAGUGAGUGUGAAGGGUGGUAGUGGUGGUGCUGGGGGUUGUAAAGGGAGUAGGAAAGAGCGAGAGGCUCUUGGGCGAGGCAAAAGGGCUGAAUCGGUGACGCCGAGCUCGUGCGCACGGGUGGGGAGUGGGGAGGAGGAGGAAGAUAUGCCACAGAGUCAGAAUGGGCUCAGUGCGGAAACGGAAGAAGCAGGAGGAUGUGCCAAUGGGAGCGACGAUGAAAGUAUUAACGGGGGACUGAAAGGCAGCCCCAGGUGGUCACGAGUGAGCAGCGGUACCAAAGGAUGGCGUUUGAGAGGGGUGGAAUGGCGUGUGAAGCUUGGCGUCUUGCCAGGCAGCGCUGCCUCUGUCGAUGCGAUGCGCCGCGCCACUGCCGAUGGCCGUCGGAGAUAUGCAGAUCUACGAAGACGGCUGCUGGUCGAUCCUCACAUUAUGGACGAUGAUGAGGAAGAUACUAGCAUGGAUAAUCCACUUUCCCUCGAUCCUGAAAGCGUUUGGGGUCGGUACUUCCGGAAUGCCGAAUUGGAGAAGACUAUCGACAAGGAUCUUACACGGUUAUAUCCUGAGCACGGCAUCUUCUUCCAGAGUGCUCCUUGUCAGGCUAUGAUGCGACGUAUCUUGCUCGUGUGGUCCCUCAUCCACCCACAAUUCAGCUACCGUCAAGGCAUGCACGAAUUGCUUGCACCGCUGCUAUAUGUUCUACACGUCGAUGUUGUGCGCCUGUCACAAGUGAAGCAUCGAUUCGAAGACCUUUUUGAUGAUAGAUUUGACAGCCUGUCUCUUCAAGAAGACCAUGUGAGGGAUAAAGUGGAGUCGGCCAAGAAAUUUGUAGGGGAGAUGAUAAUAGCAGGAGACUCGAUAAAUUUCGAUGAUAAAGGGCAGAAAACUGCGGAUCCUGCAGCCGAUUCUGAUGAAAAAAGGGUUGACCUAAGUGUUAUCGUCCAGGGCAGCGAUAUGUAUGGAGUUGAGGGCGAGUUGGGUGCUCUUCUUUCAGCUCGAUUUUUAGAGCAUGAUGCUUACUGUAUGCUGGAUGCCAUGCUCAUUGGGCAGGGUGGGGCUGUGUCAAUGGCUGCCUACUUCUCUUCACCACCAGGUGUAAGUGUACCUCCAGUAAUAGAAGCAUCGGCUGCUCUCUAUCGGACCUUGGCUGCUGCUGACAUCUCUCUUUACACUCAUCUCGUGGAACUGGGGGUGGAACCACAGUUCUUCGCUCUUCGUUGGCUUCGUCUGCUCUUUGGGCGAGAGUUCAUUCUUGAGGACUUGUUGCGCGUGUGGGACGCUAUCUUAACAGCAGAUAACACUCCUCUUUUCGUGGAAGAUGGAGACGAGGAUAGCUGCAUUUUGAGGUUCUCCCAGAGAAGUGCGCUCAUCUCUUCUAUGGCGGUUUCAAUGCUUCUCUAUGUCCGGCCAGCUCUGCUUGCAGCCCCUGAUGCUACGGCCUGUCUGCAACGCUUGCUCAACUUUCCACAAAUUCCGGAUGUGAGGAACUUGAUUGAUAGUGCCAGGUCGCUUCAGCCUCUCGCACGAGCAGCUGAAAGAUCCCCGACCCCAACUGUACCAAGAAGCACUCGUGCGUCUGAAAUUAGUAGGAAUGGCAAGCAUGCUCGCAGUGGUAGUAUUUCUCCACCGACUACUACGCAUCAUGUCAUGCGUCAUCAAAAAUCAGCCUCGUGUUCUCCGGAUGUCUUAAGAGUGUCCAUGUCCUUGCCGGGAAGUUAUUGGGAAGAGAAAUGGACUCACUCUGUUCUUCAAAGGAAGUCUCCGGAGGAGCUGUUCAGCCCCAGGACAAGCAAGUUGGAGGCAGUCGUAAGGAAUCAGGAAAAUGUCGAUAGAGAUACGUCUUCGGCGAUGCUGAGCAGGAGUGUCAGCGAAGGAAGACAUCAGCUCAAUCUCCCAUUAGCUCAAUCUGCUGUAGCUCAGCCCGCGUCUGGUUCGCCUGACACUUCUCAGGAUUCCAGUGACGAAGAGGGAAGGGAGAUGCUGGGAAGAAGUGAGAAAGCCCCUGGAGUGACCAGAGACUCCAAGGACUCUUCGGCUGAGUCGGUUGCCAGUACGAGUGACUGUGACGGUUCUCGUGAUAGUGAUAGUGAGGGUCAGGAGUUAUUGAGUCAUCGUAGGGCAUCUACGGACGAAGAAGGUUCUGCGACUUCUCCAGCUCUAAGGUUGAAGCUUUCAUGCGCGGAUAGUUGUUUGGAGGAUGAAAAUCCUGGAAGUCCUCAGGAGACGAAAAUAAACUCUUGUGUCACUUCCGGUUGUUGUCAGAAGCCCGAUGAGCAGAAGAAGAGUAGCUCAGCUAAACCAUGUCAGAGAAGGGUUUCAUCGGACUCCCAAUUGCCGGUUUCCGGCAGCGGCGGUACUCUGGAGUCAGAUGUUAAACCUCGAAAUGUGUCUUCCUCAACUCAAAUGGGUAUAGAAACCGAGGCAGUUCGGCUGGGAGCUGAGAAUGGAAGUGUGUGUUUGCCGGUAAGCAGCAGUAAUUCACCCCUUCAUGAAGAAAGUACUAAAGUAAAAUCACCAUGUGUUUCGGAUUCACAAUUAAGAAUGGGUAUUGUAUCUAGUGCAAGUUGCGAAAACUUGAAGUCACAGGAUGCAGAGUCUACACGUACUUCCCAAUCUCCCUUACCCGAAUCUGUAGUUGAGGGCCAAGGAGGUGACCGAAGUGGGGUGGAGGAUACGUCAAGAAGUGUCGAUAGUUCACCUCUUCCAUCGAAGUUCAAAGCCGAGGCUCCUACAGCGCAACCAGCACGGUUAGGCAGGCUGAACUGGGUUUGGAGUCUCGGCCGGGCCAGCUUUGGAGACAAAACAGCUCCCAGCAAAAUUGAAACUACGACUAGCUCAGUUGUCCAUCCCACGAGUGGAAAUGUUAGUGACACCGAGGGAUUAGGCAGUCCUCUUGCUAAUGGGGUGAGGAAGCCGAAGCGGUGGUGGCGUUCCAACAAUGACGUGGUGCCUGAAGAAUUUGUGGCAACUACUAGCAGUGAUGACAGCAUUGCUGCUGAGCAUUCUGCUGUUACUCUGCAAGUCGAUGAUGUGAAGAACACAAAUGAGUCAGUUUUCAUUGGCUCGGGUGUGCUGCAGAAGGAGGAUGUGUCAGUGGAGACACAAGUUACUUCUCAAGAGGCCGUUAAGAAGCCAAAGGAGAAAACUCCCUCAGCAGCUUUGCAAGCACUUGGUCAGGCAAUGCUGGAGCACGUUCAGGUUCUUGAGUCUUCUUUGGCCCAAAAAGCAUCGGUUUUGGGCAUGGAAACCAUGAUGUGGACUCCCGCCGUUCGAGAAAAAAGUGAGGGCACCAGGAGUAGUCUUGGUGGCAAGAGUCAAGCUGCAGCUUUAGCAGCUAUCGCUGAGCUUCGAAAAAUUAGCAAUGCUUUACAGCAAAUGUAAUUUUGUAUGUAGAAUAUGAGAAAAAGUCUUUCAGGCAACCACUGACAUCCUCCUCUUAAUCCAGUUUUUGUGUCCAAACUCUGCAAACAGGAGUUGGCCUUUAGGGUAGCAAGAAUUUGACUGACUUUUAUGACUUCCAUCUUAUCCAGCGCCUUGACCACAUUGGACGAGUGCACGUGUAUCCGAUCCCAUUAAGAGCACAGAUAAAACAUAGACUGAUUACUCUCUAGAUUCUUUCUUAGAACCAAAGAAAGGGCACCAUUGUGACCUACCACCAUUUGUAAGUGCAGCGCCAAGUUAUUGUACAGUAGGAUAUGGGUUGAACGGCCGACUUCAAAGAGCAGGUGGCCGAGAACCAUGACGACAAGUUUCAAAGAUGACAUCGAGUUUGAAGGGCUUUCUCUAUCAGUUACUGUACAUACCAAGUGGGCUGAUUCUCGAGAUUCCUUAUAUACAUAUUUUUGAAGUGAAGUAAAGGCUUGGCUGCACAUUCUGCUUUGAGUUCUACCGUCUUAUGGAUUGCUGCAGAAAUGGGGUGGCACAAAGAGUGGUUUGCUUGUAACUGUUGCGGAAGAAUUGGAGUGACAAACACCAGUGGAAGUUGCAGCCUAACACGUAGUGGACACAAGACGUUGAGUUCGUUGCGACUCGUGUCGAGGUGAUUCUGGAGCUUAAAGGGUAUACAUCUGCAGAGGAAGGUCGAACUUGACUUAGAGCUUGUACUGGAACGUUAUUGACGGUGCUGAUCUACAGAGCCACAGCUUGGGUGAAAUUCGUGUUUUCAGGACUAGAAGUCGAAAGACUAACUUCUUGGCUAGGGUUAGUGAAGGUCGGGGAACUAUGCACUUAGUUGAUCAGGCUUUUGCCAAUACAGGAUGGAUUUGCAUCUAUAAGUUCAGUCCGGCUUUGCAUGUUACAGAAUUGUUGCAGAGAUAUUUUUGCCUCCGAUAAUUCUUCGCCACUGAGACCCUCGAAUGUCGAAUGCCGCGUAGGUUGGUUCAUUAGUGUACUCGAUGAAACUCCUGGAAUUUUCGUGAUGUCGAAAAACCUCGACAUUGAGCGUCCAAGAUGCCUUCGAAGCUCUGGCUGGCUGUACACAGGGAUGUAACAAACCAUUCUCCGCGGAGCCUCGGCCCUUCUCUUGUAUACUCUGUCUCGCUUUCCUUGCAGCUGACAUAUAUGUUUACUUGAACAACUUUCCCUUCUUCUGGCAACGACCGAGGACCAUGAACUUCAACAUCUCACGAUUCUUCAGCGCAGUUCGUUCACAGACACUGCCCCCAGCUCUCGUUCAGGCAUGGAUAUCCAGGUAAUGUGGUAAGUUCAGCGGAUGCUGUUGGACAAGAACAGGGCUCCUGUACAUCAGGCCCCCACGUCAAGAUGUCAUUACAGACGAUAGUAUCGAA